UGGAAGAGGAAGCGGCUGCUCUUCGUGAGAUGCAAGCUAAAGUUGAGAAGGAAAUGGGCGCUGUUCAAGAUCCAGCUACUGCAGCUGCUAAUCAAGCAAACAGGGAGGAAGCAGAUUCUCGUUCUGUGUUUGUUGGCAAUGGGUCUUCUUACUCUCCAAGUUCUCUGUAUGUAUUGCUGGAUAGUAACAAUAUAUUUUGAGGGUGGGCCAAAGUCAUUUUUAUGUCAAAUAGGAUAGUUUUACAAGAGAUUAAAGUAUCAGUUUUGAAUUUGAAAGAAAACAGAGAAAAAACAGAAUAAUCUGUAAAUUGAGGAAAUUAUGUUCAAAUUUACUUGACAAAAAAAAAAGAAAAGGAAUAAAAGAAGCAUUUGAGGGGGGGAAUGCUAGCCAAAAAGAACAAACAGGAAAAAAAAGAAGAAGAAGAAAAAAAAAGAUGAGAAAGAAGAAAGAAAGAAGAGAAAUGAAGAAAGAAAGAGGGAGGAAAAAGUGAAAAAUGAAAGAAAAAUGCAAAAAAAGAAAAAGAAAAAAUAAAGGUUGUGUAUGAAGGAAAUCUAUUUGAAAGAAAGAAAUGGAGUGAAGGAAUUUGGCAAAAGGCUCAUUGGAGGUCGCUGGAACAGAUGCGUGUAGGAUGUGAAUAGUGAUGCUUCAACCAUGAUAUUUGAGGAGAAAGUUGUUGCUUUCGAGGAGCAUGGGCAAGUUGGGAUGUGCAAUCUAAGUUGCAGAACCUCGACCCUGCUGAUGAUGGGCUUUGGUUCUUCCGAAAUGUGUGAUCAUGUGGCAGAUGGGACAAGGGUGUAUAUUGCUGCUUUUUGUGGUUGAUUAUGCAUGCACACCUGAAGAAGUGCAGCAGCAUUUUCAGUCCUGUGGUACAGUAAACAGGGUUACUAUUCUGACAGAUAAGUUUGGCCAGCCAAAGGGUUUCGCUUAUGUGGAAUUCCUUGAAGUAGAAGCUGUUCAAGAGGCUCUAGCUCUCAAUGAAUCUGAACUACAUGGCCGUCAAUUGAAGGUUUCACCCAAAAGGACCAACGUUCCUGGAAUGAAGCAGUAUCGACCUCGACGAAUCAAUCCCUACAUGGGUUACCGGUUCAGGAGGCCAUAUGCGCCCCCUUAUUUCUACUCUCCUUAUGGAUAUGGGAAGGUGCCUAGAUUCAGAAGGUCAAUGCGAUACAUGCCUUACUACUAAGAUGGAUUUCCAUCGGACGAAGGAGUUCAUAUCUGGUGGAUGAUCAUUCAAGAUUUUCAGAUUUCUUUUUUCAUAUUAUCAUGUGUGACUACCAUCUCUUUAUGACAUAAAAGAUUACUGAAUUUAAAUCCAUUUUUAUGCCCAA